GCGCAGUCCAGCCCAGCUGCAGCCUCAGCCCGGUGGUUACGGAGCAGAACCGCACGGACAGAACACCGGUACCAGAGUGAGACCCGCGGAACACGGGAAGGAUGGCAGUGAACGUCUACGCUACAUCUGUGUCCAUCGACAACCUCAGUCGACACGACAUGCUGGCAUGGGUCAACGACUCCUUGCAUCUCACCUACACCAAGAUCGAGCAGCUCUGCUCAGGAGCAGCGUACUGCCAGUUCAUGGACAUGCUGUUUCCGGGGUGUGUCCUUCUGAAGAAGGUCAAAUUUCAAGCGAAGCUGGAGCAUGAAUCUAUACACAACUUCAAAGUCCUUCAAGCAGCUUUUAAAAGGAUGGGUGUCGACAAGAUAAUUCCUGUAGAGAAGCUUGUAAAAGGAAAAUUCCAGGACAACUUUGAAUUUGUCCAGUGGUUUAAGAAGUUCUUCGACGCCAACUACGACGGGAAGGAGUACGAUCCAAUGCUAGCAAGACAGGGGCAGGAUGUGGCCCCGCCUCCCAAUCCAGGUGAUCACUUUAUCCACAAACCAAAGAGACAUCCAGGACCACAGCGAAUAUCUCCCACAGUUCCCAAAAACAUGCCAACGCCACAGCGGAUCCAGCACAACACGCCGGUCAUAAGGAAGAACCCGUCUUUGUCAAGAAACGGGGGCAGUGAUGCAGAGGUCAUGGAGCUAAAUCAACAGCUGAUGGAGCUGAAGCUGACGGUUGAUGGUCUGGAGAAGGAGAGGGACUUCUACUUCAGCAAACUACGGGACAUCGAGCUCAUCUGCCAGGAACACGAGAGUGAAAGCAACUCCGUCCUCAGCAGGAUAAUUAACAUUCUGUACGCGACAGAGGAAGGUUUUGCCCCUCCAGAAGACGAGGACCUCGAUGAUCAAGCUCACCUGGACCAGGAUGAAUACUGAAUCUCUUUGGCUCCCACCCAGACCCCAUCAUCUUCCAUCUCUCCUCUGUUUGUCCUCAUUUAUUUCUCCGCUCUGCACGCGUCCUAGAGAAACUCAUUAUUCGUGACUUUCUCACAUGCAUAUCUGUUGGUAACCUGCCCCGUCGCCCUCGAACUGUUCGUACGCAGCGACUCUGCAUCCCCGUCGUCUUCACGUCCGCACUAACACAAACACAAACACAUCCCAGACAUUUCAGCACGAGUAACCAGAAAAUCAAGAGAACCUGGGAUGAAGGUUGUUGAAACAAUCAACGAGUCUGUAAAUAUCACCAACAUUUUUAUUUUUCAAAAUAACGUCUUUGCUUCUUUUGA